UUCCCAGGUUACAGCACAGAGCAGUAGACCACUUCCGCAAUAGUGUCUGGGCAAGAGAGACGAGAGGCCACUGCGAGCUGAAAGGUAUCCAGACAAAAGACAUGUCUUUGUCCUUUGAUUUGUCGUUAAACUGUCUUUUCCGACCGACUUACUGCAUCGAUUGGAGAAUCCGUAGCGGUUGAAAACGAGGAGCUAGCGGCUUGCUGUCCCGCACUGUCACCUAGUGUUAGCUAGCCGACUGCUAACGAGGAUGUUGCUAGCGAUUUGCAUGACAACAGCGAAAACUAAUAUUAGCCUUCUUCAGCCAAUCAAGGUAGCUAUCAUUAGCUCGAUUGUGUUGUAUUUGACUCUCGUCUGUGGCGGAAAUGUUUGCCAUCAGGACUCGCGUUAAGUCUUUUCUUUCUCCUCUGCUUUUGUCCUUUUUUCCUCUCGGUUGUGAACGUUGUAGUUGUCAUAUUUAGCCAUGACAAACGGGAGCACAUCCUUUCCAUAUGUUUCCCUCCUGGCAAAUUGUCCUCGUUUUGUUCCCCUCAGAGCUUUCAGUUCAGGAAAAGCUCGUCUUGUUAUGAAUUAGACGAGAAUAGGGGUCCUCUAAAGGCUCCUCUAGGAUGGGUAACUUUUAGUUGUUGUGGGUGAGUGGGUAUCCAACAUUUGAUACACCAAGAAGUGACCGAAACACCAUGUUUGACUUUUCAGUGGCAGUAAUAUUGCUGCAGAAGUAGUGGUUUAAAGGGGAUUUCUGGUUAUGCUCGGGUUAUUUUUUCUCUUCGUGUGUAGUCAAUGAUGCUGUCAAGUUUUUCACUUCCUCUGUGUGAACCUUUCAUUAUUGCCAUAGGAUAUUGAUGCCUUUUCCUGAUAGUUUUCCUCCAUAAACAGUCAUAAAGGAUUUGUUUGUGAUGGUUGAAAAUGUCUCUCCAGUUACUUCUGUGAAGGUCACUGACUGUUAUGGUUAACAGUUUUUCUCUUCUCUCCAAAGUUCAGAGGACCAUGUCUAGGAAGUGAACAACGGCGAUGGAAGGGAAAGGCCCGUACCGCAUCUAUGAUCCAGGUGGGGGAGAGGUCAAGGCGAGAGAGGAGGCUGGAGGGGGAAGCAGCUACCGACAGCUCCUGGAGGAGAACAGCAUACUGAGGGAGCGGAUGAAGGGACUUAAGAGCUUAGGUAGGCUCCUAAAACGGCAUGUUUACCUCAGGGAGAAUGCCAGCAUCUCUUUUGUCUCUCACAUCUCACAUCUGGAUGGGUCCUCUCUCUUCGCUGCAGGACAGAAAGAUUCAGAAGAUUUUUUUGUACCAACAACCAACAGACUUUAUGACUCUUGUAUAAAUAGUAGAUAACUUUUAGAGACAGAUUAUGUGAGAUAACAGACAAUUGAAUUUCCCUUCGGGGAUUAUUAAAGUUCUUCUUAUUCUUAGUCUUUUGUGUGUCACCUGUGGAACGUAAUUUCUUCAGGAUAUUUUAGGUCAAACCUAGGUAUAAACAACAUCACAUGAUUCCCUCAAUAAAUUAUUACCUGUCUGACUUUACCGUCAAGAAAUGAAAGAGCACGGGUUAAAAAUGUUGUGCUAUGACUCAGGUGUCAUGCAGCAAAACCUGAAGAUCUUCUCCAGUAAGUUGUCGAAAAACCUGUAUGCCACUUAUUUGACAGCACUUUUGGUAUACGGACAAAGCUGCACGUCCUGCAGUGAACUCCAGUUGUCGUGUCUUUAAAACUCAGCAUGCUGGAAGGUCCGUGUUUUUGUUGUCAAAUGUUGUUAAAUCAAGUAAAACUCAAGUGUUGCUGAAUAGAGAUCAAGAUCUUUCUGAAACUUGCAGGUGAUUUGCUGGAAGAGUCUCAGUCAGAGGCGUCGAGGCUUCGGCAGCGAGUAGAGGAACUCGUAAGGGACAACGAGGCCCUCAAGUCCUCCAGCUUUGCAGCCAGUCUGUGUACGGGAGGGCACGUUCAGGCUGAAACACAAAGUAAGGCUUGUACACUUUAUAGUUAUCAUGAAGUUUACUGUGAGAUAAUUUGGCACAUUGGUGUAACCGCUUGUGCUAACCUUGGUAUUGAUAUGGUUUUUUUCAGGUAAACCCUGUUUACACCCCACCCUAGAACAGAAGGAGGAGCAAUCUAGCUGUAUGGGGAAGACCCUUCAGCCUGAAAAGCCAAAUGUAAGUGAAAUUUUCUGUGUGAAGGUCUUUGGUUUUGGCAGAAAUACCUUUUUUAAUUGUUGUAAAAUAGUGCAGAUAAGGUUGCAAAUGAGGUGCAGACAUUAUUCAGGGUUACACUACAACACCCGGCUGCCGUAGAUGGGAUGUUAUCUCCUAGUUCUUUCAAUUUAACUGAAGCAUUAACACUGCUGCCAUUGUGUGUGUGGUGACACUACUUUAUUUUUGGUCUUUCCAGGAGGUCUUAACAGAGUUUGAGGUUGUAAAUAUGGAGGGGAAGACUUCAGAGGCCUUGACUGUACGUACCAUACUUUUCCUGACACCACUUAUCAGGAACUGAAAUUUUUGAAUGUCCAAGUUGCCAUUUUUAGUACUUUCUUUGGUUUAGAUCUAAGCUUUCCUCUUUACAACCCUGUCCUCAAUAUUAGAAACAUAGCUAUAGUGUGGUGACUCACUAACAAACCUAAUACUGGUAGCUCCAGCCUGAGUCAGCCAGGGGAAAGUCCAGGAUUAUUAUUGACUAGAAUUACACAGCUGAUUCAUUCAAUCACUACAUCCUAGAGGAUGUGAUGAGAGGUCACUUAGCCUAAAUAUUUCAGCCGCAAAUGUCCAAACUUUUAAAAGUCAAAAACCUCUCAGAUUGUGUAAACGCCAAAGCCUAUUUUGGUUCAGUUCCCACUCCUGUUUUUACCUGCUGUUGUCUAUGAGGGCCAUUUUUAAAUCAAACAUGUUCAACUGGUUUGCCUUUCUGGUUCGCCUUUCAAAGAAAUAGUUGCACAAUGACUCUUCAAGUAUUUCGAUCUCUCAGUCUCGUGCAUGUUCAAAUACUUCAGUUAUUGCUCGCUCACCCACUGAGUCAUUUUAAGAGGAAGCACUGACUGGUGGUUCACCUGUGUGGGUAUCUCCAGGCCGGGUCAGUGGCAGGAGUCAUCCCUCUCCUGCCUCAGGAGAACAACGAGCUGGCGAGCCAGCUGAAGAGACUGGAGAGCUCCUUCAGCAUAUUCGCGGAGGAGUCCAACCCCAACCAGCUGCUGGCUCACCUCGGUCGCAUGGCUGUGGAGUUUCACCAUCUCUCCUCCAAAGUCCAAAAAAAUGAACAGAGGACCUCACUGCUACAGGUAUGUGACACAUCGACUCUGCAACGCAAGUAAAAAUAUACCAGAGCAAUUAUGGGGCUAUUUUUUAAACAGCUUUGAGAUGUCUACAUGGUUGUCAAAUGUUACUUUUACUGGGGUUGAGAAAGAGAACCUGUUAAGAAUUUAAAUAGAUUGAGUUGCUUUAAAUUUACAGUCUGUUUAUAAUCAAAUACAGAGUGGUUUAUCAGAUGAAGUCCAUUUUCAAGAAGGUAGAUUCACCCAAAAUAUGUCUUUGGUUUCUGUGGGCUGGUGGAAGAUGCAAGACUUGGUUUUAUUGAAGAGUUUUUUUUGUCAUGUUAAUUAAAUAUUUUUAUAUGUAUAAGGAGUUAUACUUUUAUGCUUUGACUAAACGAGAUUACUACAUCUGUGCGACGUGUGAAACUCUUGUCUGUGGCUGUUGGUGGUGGUGGUUGUAUGUGGACAGAGAAGACAUUAACAACUGUCUUUGUUACUAUCAGCACUAAAGACGAGCUUCAUGUUUCGGAACACGCUGUCAUUUUAACUGUUAAAAAUUUACACUGGGCACAUUAUGAUGGAUGUUAGAGGGCUUUCUACCAAAGAUGAAGCAACAAUAUGACAACUUUUGCUUUUAUAACUUUCCAUCAUCACCAUUUAAAAUACAUCAUGACCUUAUUAAAGUAAAACAUUAUUUUCAUGAAUGUAUCUCCUGUAUUUUCUGCAGUGAGUACCUUUAGCCUUCAGUAACUGUGGACAAACACAUGUUAAAUAAUAAUAAUAAUGAUGAUGAUGGUGGUAUUUAUUUCUCAGAAUGAUGGCACAGUAUUGUGAUACCUUUUUUUUUUUGUAUUCAAAGACUCUGUGUGAACAGCUCAGACAGGAGAACAAUGAGCUUCGAAAGAAAAUGGAGGAGGAUCAUGAUAUCAGGAAUCGAGACCUGGAGCAGCUGAGGUAAUGUUUUCCAUCACUCUUGGUUUGACAUGGCUUUGUGUCGCUUCUGCUUGAAAAUACAUGCAGUUGUUAGUGGACUCGAAAAAUCUCAGAUGUCUUCUGAAAUCUAAUCAACCAAAGUCCACUGCAUUAUACAGUCAUAUAUAUACACAAAACUUGGAUGUUCACAGUUGACCGUGCUUUCACUUUUACUGGGGGUUAUUCCACUACUUUCUGUUGGCGUCACUGUUUUCAGUGGGUUCGUAGGUUCUUCCCAAAGGACAUCCUGAUUACAUACCAAUUCUUCAAAAAAGUCUGGGAAGGGACUUGGCUGAGUCACUCUAUCACUUUCUUUUCUCACGGCUUUAGACAGGAGAAUCAGAAACUGAAGGAGCUUGUCACAGGAGGAGCAGCGGCAGCGCCAUCAGCUGCAGUGACAUCGGAUACUGAAGCUCUAGAGGCCAAAGAGGAGCCUGUGAAGGAGGAAUCAGCCGCUGUGAGAUCGAAGAUGGAGGCCAGCACACCACAGAAGGUAGAAAUAUAUUCAUAGCGUGAAUGUUAUUUCGAAUCUUGAACAAAGAUGCUUUACAACUUUGUUUAGUCUGAUUUAAUCUCCCAUAGUUACAAUCUAACUAAAUUUUUUUAACAUGUCAUGAAAAAUAUUGUUGAAACCUAAAACUUCUCACUUACAAGCACGUGAUGUAUAGUUGUGGAGUGAAAGAUGACCAUUGUGAAUCUGGGAAUGUUUUGUGUUCCCGCAGAGUGGAAAAACCUCAGAGAAAACCCCAACCAAACCUUGUGAUGUUGAGGUGUAUGAAAAGAAGAUCAAGCUUUUGGAGAAGCAGAGAAAGGAUGUGAGUCCUUUUCUGCUCUGUCUGCCCAUCCUCUUUUUCUUCAAGGGAAAAUCUCUGUGUAGUUAGUUUCCUACAUAUUUUGUGUCAUUUGUUUCACUUUCUGGCACGGCUUACAGGUGCUGGAGGUGAACAAGCAGUGGGACAUUCAGUGGAACUCCAUGAAGUCACAGUUUGAGCAGAAGGUACAGUAAUGACUUUACAGCUGUGAUGACAGGUGUGGGAAGAUGUUGCUGCGCCCUCUGCUGAUAUGUGGGCUGCCGAAUGAGAGCAAAUUCUUGAAAUUUCAAUAAAAAACUUUUGUAACUCGGUUCACUUUAGAAGGUCAAGGACAUUUGUCAGUUGUACUCAUUUUGAUUCGUCUAUUUACUCAUUACAUUUGCCGAACAGAAUACAUAAAUAAUGACGGCACAGAAAAUAUGUCUCCUUUUGAACUUCCUCCUCUUCUAUAAUUGCUAUGUAAAUGUUUGUACAAAUGGUUCCUUAUCUGUUGCGCUCGCUUUAUAAUUUUCUUUGCUUUUUCCUCGAUUUUAUCUCUUUUCACAUAUCACACAAAAAAUGCUCAUACUUUUCUCUGGUCUCCACUUUAGCUUUGCAGUCGACAUAUGUUGACAUUAUGAAAUGUACUGAAUUUUAAGUGUAGGAGACACAAAAAUGCAAUUCAUCAUUGCGGCCGGUAAGGGGAUGCUGGGCUUGUGACAUUUCUUCAUCUACACAUUGGCUGUUUAGUCCAAUGAGUAGAAAGUUAAUUUCAGAGCUUGUUCAUUUACCAGCAUUUCCAAAUUAGAAUUUUUCUGAAGAUAUAUUUCUGGAGUUACAGGAAAGUUACAGUUAAAAUUACUCCAUCAGAGGAUGCAAAAUAGGAUGGUAGUAUUGCGAGAAGUCUGUCAGAGUAACCGCUGAUGCAAUUUAUCCCUGUGUUCAAUUUUUUCCUCAUGCAUAUGUGACAAUGAAAACAACUUAGGUUCUCAUAAUUUCACUAAUACAGGUUGUUUUAUACAAAUAUGCUGUCCACAGUACUUCAUGAAGCAGGAGAGUCUGUAUACACAUCAACAUACAUUUCAAAAUCAAUAAAAGGGUCAGAUCUUACAUCUUUAAAAACUACAUAAGAAAUGAAGGAUUUCAUCUUAAAGUUAAAACAACUAAGCUUGUCAAGUACAGUCAAUAACAUAAAAGAUGACAUCUUUUACAUAGAAGUGACAUGACAAAUGGCAAGUAUUGUGUAAUCUGGAAAUAUUUUUGAUGAACUCAGGACUCGACAUGUUUUGGUGCAUCAGGUUGUAGGAAAGAAGCUGUUUUGGUAUUUUUUAUACAUAUAUGUAUAUAUAUAAAUAUAUAUGUAUAUUUAAAUGUAUGUAGUUAUAUUUUUAUAUAUGUAAAAAACCACUUGCUUGUCCAGUGGAAAAGGUGCAAUCUUGCAAUAGCUCGCUAUCUGAAUGCAUGCUCGCCACAAGGCCUGUCACACCUCAGUAAGAAUUCCCCUUCACCUCUUUGGUACCCGCCGACUUCCUGCUGUGGUGCAGUCAGAGGGCAGCAGAGACACACAAAUGUACACACUCUUACUCACACACCUACGCCUGCGCACUCCCACGAUCACAAACAAACCUACAUUCACACUUUGUUGAGACAGAGACUCUGCGCACCCUGGGGUUUAAACCACACAACCCCAGAUAGAUCCAUUUGCGUCACUCGGUUUCUUCAUAUUUGACACAAAAACAGAUCCGCGUGUCUUUGCAGAUAUGUCCUUGUUGCUGUGGCUUGGUUUAUGAUUCAGUGAAACAAUCUUGAACACCUUUUAUAAAAACGUUGAUGUCUGUAAAAGAUGUCAUCACUGUUUAAGUUUUUUUUUUUUUUUUGUAUUGUAUUUUAUUUUAUUUUUCAUUUAUAGAGCUUUAAAUAUUGCCCUUAACUAAGAGGUGAAUGUUUUUUGACAGAUCACAGACCUCAGACAAAGGCUGGCUGAGUCUCAGAAAACUGUGCUUGAGCUGGAGGCAGAGCGAGAGCAGAGACAGCGGGACUACGACAAGAAACUGCUGCUGGCCAAGUCCAAGAUUGAAAAUGUGCAGGUAAAAAAAAGUGCAAAAAUUCUAAAUAAGGACCUCUUAACAGAAAAAAAACCCCACGUCUCAGGGUUAUUUUAAAAGUGUGCUCUAAAUGUUUCGGUUUGUUACUUUAGGGGGAGAAAGAGUGCUUGAACUCUGAGACCACUGAGCUGAAGCAGAAGAUUCGCUACCUACAGGACCAGCUGCUGCCUCUAAGCAAACAGAGGGAGUACCAGGAGAAGGAGAUCCAACGCCUCAACAGGGUAGGUGUGGAAGAGAAGCUUGAUUAGAGGGAGAUGGAUGAUGGGAAAUGGAGGUGGGUACCAAAGACAUUCCCAUCUGUCUAAUACUUGUUUUGUCUUACCUCAGGCUUUAGAGGAAGCCUUAAAUCUGCACACCCCGUCAACCUCCCAACAACCACCUGGCCAGGCUAACUUUGCAGACGCCGCCAAUAACCUGAAGAAACAGGAGCUGCUCACUCAAAUUGCUGUACUAAAGGAACAGGUGAAAAACCCAGCAGGAUAUCUUACAAACACAUCUGCAGUUGCACAUGCAGUCUUUUAACUGCUCGGGAUUUUUUGUUUUUGCUUUAGGUGAAGAUCUUUGAAGAAGACUUCAGAAAAGAAAGGAGCGACAGGGAGCGAAUGAAUGAGGAAAAAGAGGACUUAAGGCGUCAGGUUGAGAGACUCCAGGGUCAGAUUACCAAUUUGACAAACCAGGUAAGCGAUGAACCUACUGUAUUCUUUCCCAUAUGCUACAUGUAACAUGUUCAAGAAAAUUAUAGUGUUACAGUGAACAAAAGAGGUUACACUGCACACUGUGGUUUAUGUUCAGUUUUUUAAUGAUUAGUGUGUUUGUGUUUCAGCUUCAUCAGGCACAGAACGAGUGUCAGAGAGAGCGGACAGAGAGGUGUAAGCUGGAGAGACUGCAGAUGCAGCAUCACAAACAGGUACUGCUGCAGCUCAGCUCUGAACCUGGUUGUGUUGCAAACAUUGUGAAAAAUUCAAUGAAAUGUUGCCGUCAGCCUGAGGAGGUUGUGUUAUUAUGAAAAGGGAUUAAGGCCUUUAGUGGCAGUUGCACCUCAAGCCCUGUUGAAGUAUCAUGUAGGAGAAGUAUAACUGCCGAAUAGCGCCCCCUUGUGACAUAAAGCUGUCACAUAGCUGUUGACUGUUUAAGGUUAAUGCUGGACAAAUCAAUUCUCCUGGACAAGAGCCUCACUCCAGCUAGUUUGUUUGUCAGUGCAGUCGGGAUAAACAGGUGGAACUUUGGCUCUCCUCAGUGGGAGGCAGCUGCAGUGUGCAGGGUUGAAGGUCAGCAGUGGCACAUGCCAUGACAGGGCCACAGCCCUCGCUGAGAGUAGUAGCCGUGCACUGAUUGGGGAUCACAUGUGUACUUGUGAUCCCUCGUAGGGGCAGCAGCAGGAAAGACGUACCUCAGACCCCACGUCAGGCUCAGUGAACGGCCCGCUGAGCCCUCCCUACUGUGGUCCCUUUGUGCAGGUGGGACCGCAGGGCCUUGAAGGCUGGCCCAUACACUUCCCUCCUCGGAUGCCCAAUGCAGCAGGCGCCACAGCCGCAGCAGCCGCCGCAGCACCGCCCCCUGUACGAGACUUCCAGCCUGUUACCCCGGUAAGGGUCCUCAAAGGCCCCUCUGUCUCUGUCUCUGGAGUGACUCUGCUUCACUGAGAAACAAGGCUCUUUUCUCUUUCCUCUUCUCCCCUCUUCUCUUGGGAGGAAUAAGCAGAUGAAGUUAGGUCUGACUUAAGCUUAGCAUAGCCAUACAGCUUUAUUCACUGUAGUUAAGGAAAAGACUUGAGGGCUGAUGGUUGCAAAAACGGUGCAUACUAGAUAGUCUUAACUAAGGUGGUGCUUUUCUUUGGUCAGGGUUUUCCUUGGCAGUCAUCAUUCCCACAGCCUAGAGGGGCCAGAGCAGUAGGAGAGAGUUCAAGACCACCACCAGAGAACGCAGGUAUGGCACCACUAACUGGGUUUUACGCUUAUUUCUUUGAGUGUAUGAUUUGUAUACUUUGUAUAAAGCUGCAGUUACUCUUCAUGUUAACCAAUCUUCAGUGGAAGAUCAAAACAAACAACUAGUCUGUAUUUGUGCCUAUACUUUGGCUACACAGCAAGAUCUGAUCAAAGUUUGUUUGGUCAUAUCAUAGUACUUGCCAACAGAGAAUAGUUACGAUAUUGCCUGUAGCAAAUCAUUGGCUGAAUUCUGAGAUAAUAGCAUCAUUUUAUCGUGUGUCUAUAGAUCAGUCAGCAGCAGCAGCCGCAGCAGCAGCUGCAGCAGCAGCAGCCGGGUUUGGAAAAAGGGAGCGACAGAACAUUGAUCCUGGAAAGCACUAAAGCAUCACUGUACCCACCUAAAGGAGUCUGGGUAGUAGCAUGAAAAUCAGUUUUUUGAGUUGACAAGGUGUGAUUUGAUCUAUAAUUUUCCUACUGAACUGUAGAUAUCCUAUUGUAAUGUUGUUUAUACUUGCGUUUUAUAAGGCUAUUUGUGAAACACUUCGCUAUUCUGAUUAUAUAUACAUGACAUAUUAUUUUGUUGUUUUUUUUCUAUAAGGAACUGAAGUCAUUUAUUGAAUAGGUUGGAAAAAUUAACAUUGUUCUGUUUUUCAGAAAAUAAACCUUUGUGAUUGUCUCUCUGCAAAUAUGUAACACAACACUUAGUUUGUUACUUGUAGAGUUACAGGAAGCCAUUCCCCAAUACGACUGAGAAAACAAAGUCAUUCCAGCAAAGAAUGAUUAUAUUGGUACAUUGAAUCAUAGGACUUACAAUGUGAAUGUCAAUUGAUUUAUGAAGAUUUCUGCAGUACCAUUGAUGUUAUAGGACUGUCCCAUUACGUGUAACUGUUCAAAAGUGAUUGUUGAAAUACAAAAUUUUGGGAAAUGAAUUUUGAUGGUAUCAUACCAAAAACAUGAUUGUGAUUAUUGAUAAUUUAUUUAUAACUAUUGACUACGUGUAAAUCAUUGUCUUUAGUAAUGCUGUUCUUUCUAUGUUGUUAGUGUAAUCCCAAUAUAUUGUAGCUAUUGACAUUGUAUGUUUGUAUCAGACACAAUACACAAUGCACACAACAUACACACUUUUCUUUCUCCAUGAUGAUGGACCUAAUCUCAUUAAACACAACACUUCUUCUUGACCACAGUUGAUUUGAUGAUUUGACCACUCAUUCUGAUAGUCACACUCAUCUUACUGCAUCCUGUACUGUCAGUCACAGUUCAGCCCCGACAUACAGUAUCAAAUUUUGCAGCAGCAAUUUUGAGUUGUAAUCAGUGCAACUGUUACACCCAGUGCUGCUAAAGCAACAGAAAGAGGAAGAUUUUCAUCAGUGUGAAGCCUCUAGACUCAGUGUUACAGCUGCUCCUCAGAGGAAAACCUGCCAGGAUGUCUGGCUUUGCUCUCUGUCCACUUCAACAACCAGCAAUCCAUGCCGUGCCGACUGACCUGUGAUCUGCUGUAUCACUGAGUCAAGAGCCCUGAAAAUAGUCACAGGAUUCACAGCUCCGACAAUGUGUUAUCAUCUUAUAAAGGCAGAUCCAAUAUCAACCCAAGCCGCUGUUUAGACUAAAUACCCAGUAAUAUACUUAUCAGGUAGUCAGAUGAAGGGCUCAAAUGUGAGAAAGGCUCCAUUUAUCAAAUAAGUAUUUCAGUUACAGGGGACAAAAUCCUGAUGGGUGAAAGCUGAAAUGAGAAAUUAGUAGAAUUGCACUUUGAAAGGUACGCUGUAAUUACUGGCAGUUGUAUUUUUGGUUUCUGGCCCUUUUUUUGCUGUAGGCAAAAGCACAUGUGAGACUUUUUGUAUUUGACUGGCUUAAUAAAUCUAUUCUAAAUGUCUGCUAG